AUGGAAAUCGAUACUCGAAGAUUAAAAAUAAUCCGAUCUUAUUGUGACAAGAAAGAAAAUAUCAAAGAGUGUAUCAACCAAGCGGAUAAGACUCGGUUCACUUACAGUGGCAAAGAUGACAGAAAAUACUGGCCAAAUGAUAUCGACUGGCCAAAGUUCGCCAAAUACAUGGCUGAUGCUGGAGGGGCAUGCCCUUAUGGCACUUUUGGAUCGCUUUUGAAAAAUGAGAUUUUGCCUCAAUGUCGAGUUUACCAGUGGAAGAUCUCCCAAGGAUAUCCGUCAAAUAACCUAAACGACUUUUCCGACCAAAACAGUGAUGAAGAUUCUGAAGAUGAGGAUGAUGACUCUGAUUACCGAUAG